UCUCUCUCUCUCUAUAAAUUCCAAACCAAACAGCAUUUGUUCAACAGCUGCUUACACAUACAUACAGUGAAUCUUACUCCUUUUCACACUCAAUAAAAUAAUCAAAAUUUCCAAGAUAAAAUCCUCCUAGAAAAGGUAGAAAUUGGUUUCUAUAUAUGUCCACUUUCAAUCCCCAUUAAAACCCCCUUCAUUUUCUUCAUCUCUUUCUCUCUCUCCACCUUCUUUUAACCUCUUCUUUCUCCCUGUUUCCUCAAUUAUUUCUUAACUUCUACAUCAUUUUUGUUUCUUCUAACAUCUGGGUUUUGUGAUGGAGAAUUGUUAAAGAUCUUUUUAGAAAAAGAUAAAAAAGAGAAGUUUUAGCAGUAGUAAUCCAAGAAAAUGUCAGGCCAGAAACAAGCAGAGGACUCCAUAAUAUCAUCAAAUAUCUAUGAAAAUGAGCAUGAAGGAGUGGGUAAAGAAGAAGAAGAAGAUCACUCAGGUUUCUCCAUGAAAAAUGCUCUUUGGCAUGGAGGGUCUGCUUGGGAUGCUUGGUUUAGUUGUUCUUCAAAUCAAGUGGCACAAGUGCUCUUAACACUACCCUACUCUUUCUCUCAACUGGGUAUGGUCUCAGGAAUUGUACUUCAAAUAUUCUAUGGGCUUCUUGGCAGCUGGACAGCUUAUCUCAUCAGUGUUCUUUACAUUGAGUAUAGAAACAGAAAAGAGAAAGAAGGUGUCAGCUUCAAGAACCAUGUCAUACAGUGGUUUGAAGUUCUUGAUGGAUUAUUGGGACCUUACUGGAAAGCAAUAGGACUGGCAUUCAACUGUACUUUUCUUCUGUUUGGAUCUGUGAUACAACUUAUAGCUUGUGCAAGUAACAUCUACUACAUAAAUGAUCAUCUGGACAAAAGGACAUGGACAUACAUAUUUGGAGCAUGUUGUGCCACCACUGUGUUCAUUCCAUCUUUCCACAAUUACAGAAUUUGGUCUUUUCUUGGCCUUGGGAUGACCACUUACACUGCAUGGUACAUGGCUAUUGCAGCUUUAAUUCAUGGCCAGGUUGAUGGGGUUCAACAUUCUGGGCCAAAAAAACUGGUGCUUUAUUUUACAGGAGCUACAAAUAUUUUAUACACAUUUGGAGGGCAUGCUGUCACAGUGGAGAUUAUGCAUGCUAUGUGGAAACCGCGAAAAUUCAAGUAUAUUUACUUAAUGGCCACUCUAUAUGUAUUCACAUUGACACUCCCCUCUGCUUCUGCGGUUUAUUGGGCGUUUGGUGAUGAACUUCUUAACCACUCAAACGCCUUCUCUCUCCUUCCCAAGACCCGUUGGCGUGAUGCCGCAGUCAUUCUAAUGCUUAUUCAUCAGUUUAUUACAUUUGGAUUCGCAUGCACACCGUUGUACUUUGUUUGGGAGAAAGUGAUCGGGAUGCACGAUACAAAGAGCAUAUUUUUACGGGCACUAGCAAGGCUACCCGUGGUGAUACCGAUUUGGUUCUUGGCUAUCAUUUUCCCUUUCUUCGGGCCCAUCAAUUCCGCAGUUGGUGCACUCUUGGUUAGUUUCACGGUUUACAUUAUCCCCGCUCUUGCGCAUAUGCUCACAUACAGAAAGGCCUCGGCUCGUCAGAAUGCGGCAGAGAAACCUCCCCGCUUCCUACCGAGUUGGUCAGCCAUGUACGUGCUAAACGUGUUCGUAGUCAUAUGGGUUCUAGUGGUCGGGUUUGGGUUUGGUGGAUGGGCCAGUAUGACCAACUUCGUGAGACAAAUUGAUACGUUCGGGUUAUUUGCCAAGUGCUACCAAUGUAAGCCUGCAUUGCCUCCUCCGCAACACCACUGAGUUGACUCGAAAUCAAAGGGACCGAGUUUUUCCACCUCGGUUCAUGUUGUGAUGUUCAUGGGAGCAUUAGAUAUCUCCCCUACAUGUGAUGUGUGUUGGCUUGUUUAUUUCUUGAUUUUUGGUUUCCAUUUUCUUUUGAUCUUUUAAUUUUUACUAUUCUUUAGUAGAUUAAGAAAUAGUGUGUUGAAUUGUGAUGAUACCUUUGCUAGAAAGCUUAGGCUUUAAUAUGCUAGAGUAUUUUAUUCCAACUUGUUGGAUAGCUAUCAAUUGAAUAUAUAUAAUAUAUAUUACUUCCCAUGUUUCCAUA